CAGAUAGAUAGUUUCUUUAAGAUACUCUAUAGAAUCACCGAUUGAAUUCUAUCAAUUUAGAGACAAAGUGAUUCAAAACUAAAAAAGAAUUCAAAUUUUCAAGGUUAACUAUUUUAAUGUUAAUCUUAUUGAAUAGGAUAAAAAUACGAAACUGGAAUUAUUAAAACUGCUUGUGAUUUACUGCAAUAAAAAGUUUAACAUUUCGUAUUCAAUUGACAAACAAAGGAUACUAAAUAUAAAAUCAUUGUAUUGAACACUUGUAAGACAAUUAAUGACAGUUGAUUUUGAACUUUUUCAGUUUUUUAUUUAUAUCGAAAAAGUAUUGUGAUUUGUUACUAAUCGAUUGUUAGCACUUGUUUUUAAAUGAAAAAUGAUAAAGUCUAAAGAAAUUCGUCAUUCGCUUCUAUUCUCUUGGUUUAGGACAAUGAAAAGUUAUAUUUUCAUUAUACUGAUACUUCGUCUUAAAUUAUUUAAUACAAAGAUGUAUAGAUCGUGUAUUCAUGCUUUAUUAGAUAAUGGGAAUAGUACAGGAGUUUACGAAAUUCAACCAUUUAAUUAUGGAAAUUACGCUAAUAUUUCGUGUUCUUUAAUUGAAGAGAAUGUUGUUUUAACUGAACUUGCGACUAAUUCAAAUCCGAAUGAAGCUAUUUUUAGUUCAGAGAUAGGUAAAAGCGUUAAAAAGAAUUUCUCAUAUCCAAACUUGAAUGAAACCGAAGUAAUAGAAUUAAUGAAAUAUGGCGGAAUUUGCUCUCAAAGUAUGUAUUUCUAUGGUAUUGGAAUAAAUCAAGCUAGCCUUCAUUUUAAAUUCUCUGAUGGAACUGUUUAUCUGAUGAAUAAGCCUCGCGAUGGCAUAUGUAAAUGUAUAAUAGCCGAAAAUUGUUCCAGUAAAAAGAAGACUAGACGAUGUAUUGUAAAAUAUAUCAACACAACUAUUCCCAUGAUAAAUAUGACUGGAGAGUUAGCUGUCUCUUCCAAAAGAUUACCUCUUACCAACGUAGAGUACGAAGAUGUAGACGUUACUGGAAGAUAUAUUUUCCAUCAUGUUAAACCACUUAGCUGCAAAGCUCCACUGAAAAGAAAUUUUAAAUCGAUAUUCAACUCACAGUGCAAUCCAGAUUAUAAUCUUUUGGAAGAUAAGGAUAAAGAUACUUGUAUUAAAUUUUCCAAUUCAUUUGCAUAUUUGGAAAUGUCAUAUAGUCAAGUGAUUAAUAUUUAUUCGCCAACAAUUGAAAAUUUAAGUAUAAAAGUGUAUACAAAGCUGAAAAGUGGUCGUUUAGCAGUUUGUUUAUUAAGUAAAGAUAAUACUUUUAUAUGUUUUGCAAAAGCAAGUGGCAUAUAUAUGCAUAUUCUAAAUGUUAAAGAACAAGAUGUGAUUAUAUGCGAAAUCUCUUCAUCAGUCUUUAUAUAAAGAUAUUAGGGUUAGGGUUAGGAGAAAACAGAAGGAAAAUCAUUGAUUAAUGAAACGAUAUAACAAUCAUCUAAAUGGGAUUUUUGUUAUUAAUAUCGCCUAUAUGUUAUAAGUGUUACUUGUUAAUUAACUGAUUGACGAAAGACGUUUCGGUUCAUUAUUAAUAAUUAAUUAGCUAAUCUACUAAGCCUAUACCCUAAUUGCUAUCAACUUACUUCAUAUCUGUUUGUUAUACAAUUGAUUAAUUAAUAAAAAGAAGAAUAAUUGAUGACUCAGCAUUUUUUUUUCAAUUGUAAAAUCUCUUCGUCUUUUUUAGAACAAACAUAUUGUUCAUAAUUAUUCUUUUUGUUUUUGUAUUUUUAAGAAACGACUCCGUGGCGCAACGGUAGCGCGUCUGACUCCAGAUCAGAAGGUUGCGUGUUCAA